CACGUCUGUUUUGCGAGGAGGCGACAGUCAGUCAAGAGAAACCUGGGCUAAAGCAAACACCACAGAGGGAAGCCCGGGCUGCCGAUCCGGAUCAGUUCCUGAGGUGACUCCCUCCUCACAACCGAAAAGCAAAUAUACCAGAAGAUUUUUGCAAUGAGUGAUGGGUUUGUUUCAGAGUACAAUUGCAAGAAGACAGAAGAAGAGGAAGACUUUAUGGCAGGUGGGGACUUAGGAGAAGGAUUUGGCAGAAAGCCGGGUGGCUUGUAUGAGGCAUCUGGAGGUCCAAUAAAACUGAGGAAGGGAUCUGAUACUUGCGGACAAUACCAUCUAGUUAAGAAGGGGGAAGAUAUUGCAGCAACAGGUUAUCGUGUUGGAAAACUCAGCAUUUCUGAGGAGAGGAGUAUUCCUAAGCAUGGAACCGUAGGCUAUGCCAGAUGUCGGCAAAAUAGUAAUGAUGCAUGUUCAGAAGUAUCGAAUGAAGGCUUGAAGCAGCAGGUUCAAGAGUUAAUAGAGGAGGUGGAUCUUUUAAGAAUUGAACUUGAGGCUUCACAACGGCAGCUAGAUGGGAAGGAUGAAGCACUAAAGAUUUUACAGAGUAUGGCAGUGUUUGAUAAAGCAACAAGUCAUACAAAAGCAAUGCUUCAGAAGACAGAGGAACAAAGAAGGUCGUUAGAAAAGGAGAUAAAUGCUUUACAGUGGGAAAUGGAGUUUGAUCAGGUGAGGCUUAAAAACCUUGAAGAUUCCUGGAAGGAUAAGUAUGACAGAGUUUUUUGUGAAAAUGUAGCUCUCAAAGAAACUUUGGAAUUACGGACAAGUGAAGUUAAGUCUCUUAAAUCGGAGAACACGAUUUUGAAUCAGCAGUGUCAGGAGCUUAUUGCAGUGCUCGAUGUAAAGCAACAGAAAUUGUUCCAGGACAACAUGGGUUUUGAUAAAGACAGUUUAACAGAGAUCACAGCCCUUGAACUGGGUGUUCUGGGGGCCUGUACCUGCAUUAAUGAUGGGGAGCCCUGCUCAUGUGCGAAAAUGUCUGCUGCGACACGUAAACAACUUCUCCAGCUCAGGCAAGAGGUAAUUGCUUUAUUUAAAUAGUAAGAAGAAGCAUAUCUUAUGGCAGAUGCUUUCCGAAUUGCAUUUGAGCAGCAGCUGAAGCGCAGGAAUGACCAAUCAUUGCCCUUGAGUGACAUGAAGAGGCUCUGUAAAAGGGAAGCAAACGACUCAACAACUGGAAGCGCCCAUAAAGAGGAUGGACAUCUAAUCUCAAGUGACAGUAUUGGCAUACGGCAGAAAUUAAAGGGUAUGUUAAUUUCAUCUGCUGAUAACAAACAAUUGGAGAGACUGGAUAAUCCACAAGAAAUUAUUCGGAUACUGAUAGACCUGCUAAAUGAUAAGGAAGAGGCACUGGCCCAUCAAAGGAAGGUGAGCUACAUGCUUGCACGCAACAUUGAUGACAGGGUUGCUCUGAGAAAGACUCAAGAGACAUCUUCUGAAGAUAAUUCUGCUGCUGAGAGCCACCUCUGUGAUUGUUUACAUUUAAGACCAGCUACAGAUUCCUGUCAGUGUUUACAAAACACUACCUCACUGAACUGUGUGUGCCAGACAAGCACUAUAAACCCAACUGAAGGCUCUAGUAGACUCCAAGAAACCUCGUGUUCCUCUCAGUUCAAUGAAUCAUCUUGUAAAAAACAGGCAGAAACCUCUGAGACAACAAAUUUGGAUCAUGAGGAACAAUCUGAUGAAACAGACCAAAAUCAAACUUAAAUUAAUUCAUUCAAACCAUUUUUUAAUAGCAUGUUUUAUUUUGUAAUAUCUGGGAAGAGAUCUGCCUCUGUACAUUAGAUCUCUAAAUGUAUAACCUAUUUUGGAAGCAAACCAGACUACCAAUUCAAUGAUAUUUAGAUAGUAAGAUGUCUUACUCGGAUGUUACACAACUACUGUAUAUAUACACAGCCAUUUUAACAUUUUCACAAUUAAUGUAGACCUGGUUUUUGCUUUUAUGUUCUUCACUUAUUGGGUUCCCUGCUUAUUAGUCAUAAGCCUUUUAGGAAACAUGCUAAACUCCUGAAAAGGACAUGAAACCCCAAAACUAUUUCAUGAUUAAGAAAGGGAGCAUACAAUUUUAAACAACUUUCCGAUGUAAUUCUGUUAUCUAGUUUGUUCCGUUAUUUUUGGUAUCCUUUGUUGAAAAGCAUUGAUAGGCAGACUCGGAGCUGUGUGCUAACUGCUGAUUGUUGGCUGCACAUAUAUACAUCUUAUCAUUGGCUUACUAAUGUGUUCAGCUAGCUCCCAGUAUUCCAUUACUGCUUUUUCAAUAACAGAUAAAAAGAGAAUGAAGCAAAAUUUAUAAUAGAAGUAAAUUGGAAAGUUGUUUACAAUUGUAUGCUCUGUCCGAAUAAUGAAAGGAAAUUUGGGUUUUUAUGUUCCUUUAAACUUCCAAAAUGCUAAAAAUGAGAAGGAAAUUACAAUACCUCUGUUUAUUUCUGUGUGUACAUGUUACAUAGCUUGCAUUUUGUGUGUGUGUGUUUAUAUAUAUAUAUAUAUAUAUAUAUAUAUAUAUAUAUAUAUAUAUGUGCGUGCAUGUGUGUAUGUAUAUAUAUACUUAAGACAAAAAGUUUUUUUUUUUUUUACUUCCUUUUUUUACUAUUUACCAAGGGCAACCUGGUAUGUAAUUUCUUAUUUUCUUUGAUCCAUUUGUCAGUUAUAACCUUAACUCACUUAACUAGUUACCACUAUAUGCUCCAUGACAUAUGUAAAAAUUGUUAAAAACUAAUAAAAUCAACCUGAGUUUGUUGUGGGCUGUUGCCUAUCAGACAUCACAACUUUUACCUUACACAUGGUAAUUUUUGUUGAUUCUGUAACCUGGUGUAAGCUUUUCACUUCAUAGGGGGUUUUGUUUAGCAUUUUAUUUCACUUCCUUUUUAGUGCUUAAAAUAAGUAACAAAGGAAUAUAUAUAUAUAUAUAUAUAUAUACACACACACACAAUGUAAGCUUUUAGAACUACAUAUGACUGUUAUUUUAGAUGUAUUUAUAAUGUAAUAAAACUAAGCAAAUGUGUAUGUUUGUGGCAUUUUGAAUUAAACUGUAUAUUAAUUAAUUUGGUAUUUGCUAUGUAACACCAGAACUUCAGCCAUGGAUAUUUUUAACAAGAUAGGUUUUAUAUGCUCCUCUGUAUCUAUGUUGGAAUAGUUGCAUUAGUUUAGUGAUUAUAGAUGUCCAAAUAAAUAGUAGAGAAGUAAAUAGUAAUACGGUUUUUUUUUUUGUUUUGUUUUUUAUUUUUUUUAUUUAAUCAAUGACUAUUUAAAUACAAGCAUUCAACAGUGUCCUUUCUUCCUCAGGUAUAUACCUAAGCUGAAUUAUUAUUAUUAUUAUUAUUAUUAUUAGUGCUUGUAUUUGAUUUUUAUAGAGCUAACUUUAAAUAAACAUAUAUAUUUUGUACAAAAUAAA